AGUUCUGGUCGCCAUCUUUGUCCAUCAAAAUCAUCACCCACCGUCUCCACAGCGCCUCCUGCAGCCCCUCCUGCAGCUCCUCCUGCAGCUCCCCCUGCAGCCCCUCCUGCAGCUCCUCCUGCAGCUCCUCCUGCAGCUACUCCUGCAGCUCCUCCUGCAGCUACUCCUGCAGCUCCCCCUGUGAUCAUGGAUAGCACCCCAAGGAGGUGGAUUCUGAAGCCUCUGUCACCCCUGCUGCAACCCUCAGACCUGCGGACCAUUGCCGGCCCCACCCGAGGUGACGCCCCUGACCUGGACAGUCCAGUCUUCAGCUCAGACAACAUCUCCGUCACUAGCAACCAUUUGGUGGUCUGUGCUUCCCAGCAGGACGAUGGGUCCCCGGACAGAGGGAGCAUCAGUGACGAGUGGCAACCCAGCGGCCCCAGCAGCCCCAGCAGUAGUUCAGGCUCUCACUGUGGCUUCUACUCCUUUGUGGAGGAUCCAUCGAGUCAAGAAGCAGAGCUCAAUGAAGCCUGGAUGGUUUCACCACAGCGGCAGGCUCAGCUGCUCACCUUGAGGGAAGAGAAAGGAUUCAAACUACAGACCUACACCAGCAGCAGGAAGCCAGAGAGCCUAUUCUCAGAGAGCAAAGAAGACUCACAGUACAAAGUGGAUCCAGAGCAUGUCAUCAAAGUGGUGGGGGAGGAAGAGGAGAAGCAGCUCCGCAAGGAGAUCAUUCACAGCCAAGCACAAAAGAAGAGCCCAAUGUUCAAAGAUCCGCUGCAUGUUCUGGAGAAUCUGGAUCUGAGCAGAUCCACAAACCAACUGAUAGAUGGUUUCAGUUUGAGCUAUAGUCCUGUGAGCUCCAGGCCAGAACCUCCUAAACCAGCUGAAUCUGAGGCAGUCAACAAGGAGCAGAUCAACUUCAGUGCUGUGCGACAACAGUUCCUGAAGAUGGAGCAGGACCUGUUGACGCCCGUCCUCAACCCUCUAAAGUCCUCAGCAAUACACCUGAACUCAUCUUUUCAGCAAGAUCCUGAUGUGUUCUUGUCUAGGCAGGUGGAGACAUUCGACAGUGUGGAGGUGAGUGACGAUACAGAUCAGUUUAAGCCAUCAGAAGAAGAUAAGACCUACCCAGAAAGGAAGGUGACAGGGUGCCAGAUUGAGGAAAGUCGGAGGAGGAAGAGCAGUGUGUUUGAUGACCUGGACUCUGGCCUGGAGGAGCUGUUGGUGGAGGUGGGCGGCGGAUACACCAGUGAUGAAGGCAUGUUCAAUGACAACACUCAGCAUGAAAACAUCGGCUGCAAGUCCACAGCUGAGUCUGAGACUCCAAUUGAAAGGGAAAUCCGAUUAGUUCAGGAACGCGAGGAGAAUCUGCGGCAUUCUCGCGGCCUGAAGCACGCUGACAGCAAGAAAGAGAUAGUCGAAAUCAAAACCAAACGUUUACAGUCAUCGCUCAGACCGAUCAAAGAUAAAGAAAAGACUUGUAUGAGCUUCAUUAUUCAGCGAGACAUUCAGAAGGAGAUCGAGACUAGUGAGGAAACUCAGCAGCAGGGAGGGAUCCUGGGACAACACAAUCUAGAUGUUCCACAGCAGCUUGAGGAGGUAAAGUGCAAGAUUGACCAACAAGACACGGACAGGAGGGCAGAGGAAAGACCUCCGUCUGUGUCUGGAGAGACAGAUGUCUUCUUGUCUCCCUGCUGUCCUCAUAGACACCCUGAAAAAAAACAGUUGUCCAUCACUCAAAGGGACUUGAUUGUCCAGGGGUCAAGACAUUUGGACCAGGAUCCAAUUACUCCAUCGCACCCCACCUUGCCCUCCUCCCCAGCACUGACACCUCAGCAUAAACUGACCUGGACCAUGCCUCAAUCUUGGAGGGAAAACCUGGAGUCCACUGGCCUGCAGUCCAGAGGACAAGGAGCUCCAGAUUUCAUAGAGAUGGAGAUCGAGGAGGCCCUGAGACGGGAACAGGAGCUGAGGGAGUCCAGGGAGAAAACCAAUCAUCAGCUCUUCUCUCCAACUCCUGGGCUGAAACAGGCAACCAAGAUGGCUGUCAGUCAGUUCUACCCUUCUGCAAAUACAGAUAAACCCGUCAGUCUGUGCUAUUCCUCACCUUGUCCCCCUGUCCGUCUUUCGUCGAUCUCCUUUAUCACUGCCCAGCCCUGGACCUCCUCGCCCCCGACUCCCCGCUCCUCCACCUCCUCCCCUGUGGUGGCCCCAUCGGGACCCCUUCCUCUCAGGGGCCUCACAGAGACCCUGCUGCAGAACUUUGAGGACAGACGAGUUAAGCUGAAGCUGGAGGAGAGCUCAUAUGCAGGAAUCCAGCCGAUUGACGACGUGAACAAUGAGGUCGUUGAGUCGACUCGUGUCAUUCUACAUAAAAACCAGCGAGCUAUGCGAUGGGAGGCCGGAGUCUUUACCAACCAGAAGGACCAGCAGGACUAGAUCCAGGAACAGGAUCUGAAGUGGGACUUUCAAAUGGUUUAAAACCGUAGCUGUGUCUCAAUUUAGGAGCCGCAUCCUUUGCCGGCUGCAUUCGUAGACCGAUCACGUCACAUGGUGCGACUAGACUGUCCCAAUUGGAAUGCUCCUCCAAAUGUGUCCUUCCCACCCGAGCAACCGGGUGGAUCCUUCCCGGCACAACCAAUCCCAGGAUUCAUAGCGCUUCAGUGAAAGUUAAUUGUUAACUGUUUCUUAAAGAGGUGAUGGCAGAAAAAAGGGAGGCGAAACCCUCAGGAGAAUUUAUUUUAAAAUUUAAGUACUCAACAGCUAUCAGUGCACAUGUUAAAAAAACACAUUUUUAACAUUUUUAAUCAACUGAACAACAUUUACCGUAACUUUGUUGCUAGGUAAUGGUUGUAACUGCGGGACAAGCUUGUGACAUUGGUUGUGAAGACGUGGUCCUCCACAGGACGUCAGUGUAGACCUGGUCCUCCACAGGACGUCAGUGUAGACCUGGUCCUCCACAGGACGUCAGUGUAGACCUGGUCCUCCACAGGAAUGUCAGUGUAGACCUGGUCCUCCACAGGACGUCAGUGUAGACCUGGUCCUCCACAGGAUGCAGCUGCUGAAUUGAGACACAGCCCACAACACUCCAACAGGAGAGGCUGCUCCUGAUUGGUCCUUUAAGAUGACAUCUCCCAUCAUUCAAUCAGUAGAGACAAAAACAAUUGUGUUGAAAAAGAUUAAAAACUGAAUAGAUAUAAUAAUACUGAAUGAAGCUUUACCUGUCUCUACCUGUCUGUCUCUAUCUGUCUGUACCUGUCUGUCUUUACCUGUCUUUUUUGUGCAGGAAUCUUCUGUUGUCCAAUCCCAUUGUUCCACCCAAACACUGAAUAGAUGUGUUGAUGUGUUGCAUCAUGGGAACAAGCUCUUUCUGAUUCUGAUCAUUUGGUUAAGAUUGUAACUUCGUAUGUCGGACAUCACUAAAGUUAACCUGGUGUGUGCGUUGAAAACGUUAACUUGUAUCAAUGAACUGCUUAAAUAAAGUCAGCUGACUGUGUGGGCGGAUGACAGCAUCCACACUGUUGCUAUGGAAACUGAA